AUGAAGGUGUGGCUCAAUUGUCAAAAGAGGCCAACGCAGAGUUGGACCUCCAUAGCCCUGGCCGUGAGGUACGUCCCCUCAAAAUUCCAAGAAUCUCCAUUGAUUAUUUGCAGGUGGGCUUUCCGCGUCCUCAAACCCACUCUUCCAAGUCCGGUUCUUGCAUGCUUUUACAUCCAGUUCAUUCAGAGCGCGAAGCAGCCCCAGGGCGAAUAUUAUGCAAUAUAUCUGGCCAACCGUACUUCUUUUUGCUUGAAAGCCAAGCUUGCAGAGAAAGUGCAGAUCGACUCAUCGGUUAUCUCUCAUAUAAUUUGGGUCAAUAGAAAGGGUUUGAAGGUCCUGGUGGACGACAAUAUGGUCCAACAUCUUCCAGAGGCGCAGACCAUGGUUGCCGACAUCUGUGAAAUCCCGUAUACACAAGUAACAGAUGACCCGAGGGCAAAGUGCUCUAGGGUGGAGGUCAAGCUUGUGUUUUGA